UUGAAUUAGUAUUUGUACACUCAUGUCCCUUUUGGUUUAACAAUCUUUCAGCGACAACCUAAUUCAAAGCUAACCGGCAUCCACGGUGCUCCUCCGGCCACGCCGCACAAUCCAAGCCACCGCCAAUACUUACCCAUCUCUACUGGCUCUCCUAAACCGCCUCCAACAGUGAACAAGUGCAGAAAAAAUCACAACAAAGCAAUGUCGUAUGAUGACGUAGAAAUUGAAGACAUGGAGUGGAAUGAGGAGUUGCAAUCUUACACAUAUCCUUGUCCAUGUGGGGACCUGUUCCAGAUCACAAAGGAAGAUCUCAAGCUUGGCGAGGAGAUAGCUCGCUGCCCUAGUUGCUCCCUCUACAUCACUGUCAUCUACAACAUGGAAGAUUUUCUUGGCGAUUCUGAUCAAAAUAGAACUAACAAGGAUCUUCAGCCCUCCAAGCAACAAGCUGUCACCGUUGCUUGAAUUUCAGAUGUCGUGAAAUGGUGGGAGCAAUAGAUUUUAUCAAGACUUUGAUAUAUCUUAGCAGUGAACAUCUUUUGCAAUAGGAAUUGAAUUUCUGGUUUUCUGGAGGAGAAAUGGAUAAUAGGAGAAUUUAUGGUAUAGUACAACAUGAAUACCAGUGUCCAUUGUUAGUCAGUUAACUGCCUUUUAGCCUUCAGAUAAAGGUGGUCAAAAUUUUGCUGUUGAACUCAAUCGUGAUUUGAUAUGAUAUUUAUGUUGAAUUAUGAAACAAAUCGUUGUGGUAGACUUCAUAUGUUGAUUUGUUAAAAGUCUACCGUGAGCUACUAACCAUAUAAAAGUUGAACUCUA